AUGACGAAGGAGUACUAUUUCUUUUGGCGCUCAGGCUCUUGCUUCUCGCAAUGGCACAGGAGCAAAUAUGAACUGAAUGGUUGUGAAUACAAUACAGCGGAACAAGGAAUGAUGCACGGAAAGGCUCGUCUCUUUGGAGAUGAAGAAAUUGGGAUGCAGAUCCUCGCCACGAGCGAUCCUCGAAAAAUCAAGCAACUCGGCCGCAAAGUCCGGGGAUUCAACGAAAAAGAAUGGAAGAAGAACAGAGAAACCAUUGUGUAUCAAAACAACAUGGCAAAGUUCACGCAGAACGAGUAUAUGAAGGAUGUUCUCCUGUCCACGAAGGGCGCCUUGCUGGUAGAGGCAAGUCCGCAUGACCGAAUUUGGGGUAUUGGUCUUCGUGAAGAGGACGCAAAGAAAAUAUCUCCCAUGAAAUGGAAAGGUCAGAAUCUUCUCGGUAAGAUUCUAACAAGGGUGCGGGAGGACAUUGCCGCGAUGGAAUGUUCGGAUGAAAUUGCGAAGGAACCAGAUAGCCCCAGCGUUGGAAUUGAUCAGGACCUGGAAGAGGAAUGCAAGAGUACCGUUUCAGCUGAAGCAAUUUUAGCUUAA